GCUCUCGUUCUCCUGUGCCGAGUUCCGGCGUGCGCUGCUCUUCCGGCCGGCGGCUCCUUCCGGUGGAAGCCCGGCGUAGAGGACGGUCGGCAGGAUGUUGGCUUCAAGAGCAUUCAGCCUCAUUGGGAGAAGAGCCCUUUCCACCUCCAUCUGUGUGAGGGCACAUGGGCAUGCUGGUGUUGUCAAAGCAGAGGAUUUCAGCCAUCCAGCAUACGUUGAUCGUCGUGAUGUUCCCCUGCCAGAAGCAGCCUUUGUAAAGGAGCUCUCUGCUCAGCAGAAAGCUCUGAAAGAAAAGGAAAAGGCAUCUUGGACCGCUUUGUCUGUUGAUGAGAAAGUUGAAUUGUACCGUAUCAAAUUCAAUGAGAGCUAUGCAGAAAUGAACAAAGGAACAAAUGAGUGGAAGACCGUCCUUGGUGGAGUGCUUUUCUUUCUUGGUGUUUCUGGCCUCAUCCUCAUUUGGCAGAAAAUGUAUAUGUACGGCCCUAUUCCGCACACCUUCUCUGAUGAGUGGCUGUCAAUGCAGACAAAGAGAAUGUUGGACAUGCGAAUUAAUCCCGUGGAGGGCAUCUCUUCCCAGUGGGAUUAUGAGAAGAAUGAGUGGAAGAAAUGAAGCAACUCAGUGCAACCUGUUCUGCUUGAAUAUGAAAUGAUUCCAUCACCUGUGUGUGACCUCGUUGCUUAUGUACUGGAACAAUCUCUCCACCUAAAUAGAUGAAAAUAAACAUCUGGUUAACUUGAAA